AUGCCUUCUACCGAUUUUCCGGUCUUUACAAAGACUUUCCAUUCUUCCUUAUACGCAAGCCUUGCUCGAACAAGCGCUGCUCUUCCUGCAAAGGGAAAGGUCGUUUUGGUGACUGGUGGCGGUCGGGGUAUCGGAAAGGCAAUUGCCAUGGCUUUCGCCAAAGCGGGAGCCAGCGCUAUCGUCAUACUGGGCCGGAACAAGGUUACCUUGUCAUCAGCGGAGACUGAGAUCACAGGCCUUGCCCGAGCUGGGGGUCACUUGACAGUGGUCCGCACCUUCACAGCCGACGUCACCGAUACUGGAGCCAUCUUCGAUGUUUUCAAAGCUGUUCGGGAUGAAUUCAAGAGAGUUGACGUCGUUGUCAGCAAUGCGGCAGGCCUCCACCUCGCUACUCUCGAAGCUACCAACAUCGACGACUACUGGAAGACCUUUGAGAUCAAUGUCAAGGGCACGCUGAACGUGAUCCAGGCGGCUCUCAAAUUUGGCUUCGACCGCAACGGAUCUGAUCCAGCCACCUUCAUAAACGUCUCGAGUGUGGGACUCAUUAUGCCUACCUUUCCCACGUGGUCGAACUAUGUCGCGACGAAGCUUGCAGCCUUCAGCAUGACGCAAUACCUUGCAGCAGAAUCGGGUGGGAAGAUCCGCGCGUUCUCAAUUCACCCAGGUAGAGUCGAGACGGACAUGGCCAAGGAGAACGGGAUUCCCACUUUCGAGGAUCCAGAGCUCCCGGGUGCGUUUUGUGUGUGGCUUGCUGCCACGCGCGAAGCAGACUUUCUGCAAGACCGUUUGGUGGCAUGCAAUUGGGACAUUGACGAACUCUUACAAAUGCGCGAGGAGAUCGAAGCCAAGGGGCUGCUGAAAAUGCACUUUGCCGGCUUGAGCAUGUAG